UUUGCCUCCUCACUUUCCUCAUCUUUCCCCCUUCCCCACAUUCCUCCUUUAUAUCGGAAAAUAUUUACUUAGUUUUCUUCUUGCUUUGGUUCUACCAUCAUUUCCUUUGUUGUUCUAACUACAGAUUGCUUCUUUCAUAGGCUAAUUUUCACUAAGUUCCCCUCUCGAGCUUUCUUUGCUUAGUCAUAAAAGCAUAGUUCCUUUCGUCAACAGUUUACAGGAUUACUUCUCCCGCUCAGAUUUUCCAUUCCAAUAAAUUCCCCUGAUUUUAGUUCAAGGAAAUACUGUGCUGCAUGUAUGGUCAUCCUUGAUCAACCAAAAGGAAUUCAGUCCCCUUAAAGUUUCCACCCAACGAAAUCCUUUUCUCUCUCCAUUCCAGUAUGACUUCCCUUUUCUGAACUUCUUGCUGCUUCAAAUCUCUCAAUUCAGUUUCUCUUUAUCCUCUUGUAUAUUUAGAGCUUCUGCACUUGAUUAUUUUGUGGAUUCCAGUGUGCUCUGUUAUUGGGUUUCUGACUUCAUGGGACUCUGUCAUGGAAAACCUAUUGAAAUCUCACAAACUCAUGGAGAAAACCCAUUAUAUCCCGAUGACAAGGACGGGCUUCCAAAAAUUCAAACCCCCAAAUCCUCAAACUUCCCCUUUUACAGCCCAAGUCCCUUGCCAAGUCUGUUCAAGAACUCACCAGCAAAUUCAAGUGUGAGCUCAACUCCCUUGCGCAUUUUCAAACGCCCAUUUCCUCCUCCUUCGCCGGCGAAGCACAUUCGGGCAUUGCUCGCUCGCCGGCAUGGUUCUGUGAAGCCAAACGAGGCCUCCAUCCCCGAAGGAGGCGAAUGCGAGAUUGGGUUGGAUAAGAACUUCGGGUUUUCGAAGCAGUUCGCAGCUCAUUAUGAACUUGGAGAAGAGGUGGGUCGUGGGCACUUUGGGUAUACUUGCUCCGCCAAGGGAAAGAAAGGCAGCUUGAAGGGGCAAGAUGUGGCCGUCAAAGUCAUUCCAAAAUCCAAGAUGACAACAGCCAUUGCUAUAGAGGAUGUACGGAGAGAAGUCAGGAUAUUGCGGGUUCUUGCAGGACACGAGAACCUAGUGCAGUUCUAUGAAGCCUAUGAAGACGAUGAAAAUGUUUAUAUAGUUAUGGAGUUGUGCAAAGGAGGUGAGCUGCUAGAUAGGAUUCUUUCCAGGUGAGAUGUUCUCCUGUUUCCAUUUUUUCAAACUAAAAAAGAGAGAAAGAAAAGUAGAGGAGGACAUUCUAGUUUCAU